AUGUCUUCUCUGGAAGCCGACAUCUCGUUUGACGAGUUCACCACCAGCUUCUCUUAUGCGCCGGUGAUGCAGCACUGCACCCCUUCGCCCCCCAUGCAUAACCUGGACUUUUCCUUUGAUGCUUCUAUGCUCAAGUAUCAGGUCCCUCAAGAGUUCCACCAGUAUGCUGCUCCUAGGCAGUACGCUCCCAGCCACACUCGCUCUUCCUCGCGUGCCUCCAUCUACUCUGUUGGCUCGGCUGUCGACUCUCCCCCUGAGUCGGUCUGCCCCGGCCUGACCACCCCGCCAAGAGCUGGCUCUCCUGUCCGGAACCAUGGUCCCCUCUUGCUUCCCAAGAUUCGAUCCCAGGAUCAGGAUCUUGAUGGCUUCCCUCCCGUCACUACUGGCAUGAUGUCUACUCCCCCACCUGCCCCUGUUGCUCGCCGGUCCAAGGCCUUCCGCCACGCUCGUAGCUACACCAACCCGGAGACCCUCAACGCCAUGGUCAUGCCUCAGUUCAGCUUUCCCACUCCUCCUCGUGAGGAUGGCUUCAGCAACCAGCUGCUCUGCUCUCCCGCCAACUUUGCCCACUCCCAUGAUCCCUCCAAGGCUCACACCCGCCGAUGCAGCAGCGUCGAGGCCAUGACCACUGACAAGUACGCCUACCCAUCCUACCGUACUGUGCCUGUCAUGCAGCAGACCGACUUCACUUUCCCGUCUGCCACUUACACGCCCCGUGCACCCUCCCCUCUGACCAUGGCCGCCUCCGUCAACGUUACCCCGGAGCCAACCCCCACCACCACUCUCAUGUCCUUCCUCACUGGUGCCAACUCGGCCGCCUCCUUGGUCCGAACCGUUUCCUUCCCCCACCGUGACCCCAACAUCAAGCACUUCUGGUGGGAUAUCCGCAACAUUCGCAACUGGUCCUCCUUCAACCUGGCUUCUGUCCUCACCCUCCCCGGCGCCUCGCUGCUCAACACCCCCAUCCCGGCUCCUGUCCUCCCCCAGCCUACCAUGUCCAGCCGCCACCCAGAGACUGAGGCCGCUCUCCACAGCAUCUACGCCUCCUACUACCUCCCCAAGCUCAACUCCGCUCUCGCCCUCUGCUCUGAGCGUCCUCUCCAACUCUCCGUCCCUGCCGCCACCAAGGGUCCCAGUGCCAUCAACGACCUCCUCUUCACUGCCAACGUCUCCGGCGAGGCUGCUGCCGCUGCCGCCAUGUUCGGUGGUAAGCCCUCCGCCCGCGUCGUCGGCCUCGUCCGCACCUUUGACCGCUUCAACACGGGCAUGCGCGCCGAGGGCAACAUCAAGCGCGUCGAGUACCUCCGCGGCCUCGCCGCCAUCCACCACGCCAUGCGCGAGCACGGCUGCCGCUACGGCUUCAUCCUCACCGAGAUCGAGCUCGUCCUCGUCCGCAACGGCACCGAGUCCGUCCCCUUCUUCGGCGAGCUCGAGGUCACCAGCGUCCAGCUCGCCACCACCGCCGGCGAAGACCAGUCCCAGCUGACCGCCUGCCUCGCCCUCUGGGGCCUCUGCCAGAUGGCCGGCGACCACCCCGCCCCCGGCCACGCUGCCUGGAAGUCAGAGGUCGGCGCUCCCGCCGAGGGCACCCGCCGCAAGGCCAAGGCCAGAGACGGCUGGAUCCCCGCGCCCCAGCUGGCCGAGAAGCGCGAGGCCAAGCGCAGCAGAGGCUGGAUCUGGCCCGAGGACGCCGUCGGCAGGAAGGAGCUGGGCAAGCGUGGUGUGCGCUACGGCGGCAUCUAA